CUCACCAUUUACCUCUGAAGGAAAAGUUUCAUGCCUAUUCUUCUAUCAAUCCAAUGAAGCAUCAAAACUUGAGGUGAGGUGUGGUACGCAAUACUUGAAGUCCCACAAUAGCAGUAUAUAUGAGCCAAGUUCUAAUGCAUUCUGUCCCACCUAACAAUAAAGUUUAUUCUGUUGACCCAUCAGUGAGAAGAAAGGCCAGAGGCACCUUUAUAUCUGAAUGAUGGCAAAUUUCUGCCAAUCUUGCUCAGAAGUUCAAUUCCUAAAGACAAAACCAUUAGGUGAAAAAUACUUUAAUUGUCUAAUAUAGAUGCACCCAAAGUAAUUGUUUCUCUUGGUACUAGCAGUAAAGAUGUUUGGAAGAUGUCGAGCUACUGUGAAGAUUAUUCAAGUGGGCACAAACAAGUGGCUUCAAGGUAUAAUGUGAACAAAAGGAAAAUGUAGUUAGUUUCUAAUGUUGGCAUUAAGAAUCAUUGCCUGCUAUUGUUUUAGGAUUCUUGCCUGUCAAACUUUUAUGCCUUUGAUUUUGAUUAUCACUAAAUAAAAAUUAUUGCAGAUUGGAAACACAAGGUUGAUGUGUUAACCAUGAAAAAUAUUUUCAUAAUUUUUUAAUAGAAACUGGUAGACAAAGUAUCACCACGUUGACUAUAUCGAUGUGUCUAAACACCUACUUAUAUUUUGGGUUAGGGAGUAUAUACUGUUGUUGUAAAACAAAGUCAAUCUACAGUGUUUUCACUCUUGUGUUCUUGAGUUUGUGAUCUGUGUGACUGAGUGCUACAAACUGAUUUCUUAACUUAUACUAUUUCUUAACAUAUAUCCCCCUUGCCUCGUAUCAACUAGUUAGUACAAGUGGCAGGCAGCCCAAGUGGGCAGUGCUGAACAUGCAUGCAGUUGACGUGCAGCGUUCCUCGCUGUUACUUCCCCGUUAGCUGAGAUUUUUUUUUUAAAAAAAGCUUCCCCGUUAGCUGAACAUGCAUGCAAUUCAAGUUGCAAAUUAUGGGCCGUGUUUGGAUGGCCCAUGAAAAAAAAUUUAUGAAAAUUUUUCGAUGCUUUGACCACUAAUUAAAGGUAUUAAAUAAAAUCUAAUUACGAAACCACCUCCACAAUUAUGGUACUAUAGCAGUUACUGUAGAUAACGAGGUCUUCGAUCGUACACUUAGGGGAUGAUUACACACGGUUACUGUAGCAUCACUGUAGCCAACCAUGAUGGAACUUGACUUAUUAGAUUCGUCUCGAAAAGUUACACUCAUCCGUGAAAAAAAUUCACAAAUAAAUUUCGUUUAAUACUUCAUGCAUGCAUUCGUCUUUUUAUGAAAAAAAAUUAGUGUGUCUUCCAAACACGACCAUGAUUAAGUAGAUUCAUUAGAUUCGUCUUGCGAUUUACAACUCAUCUGUGUAAAAAAUUUUGUAAACAUAUUUUAUUUAAUAAUUUUAUAUAGUAAAAUUCUCUUUAAUGUGAUGGGUGUAAAAUUUUUGGGAAGAGAACUAAACACUCCUAGAUGACGUAAUGAUGGGAGUAUGAUGAUUCAACCUCGUCUUAAGUCUUAACGCCAUUGGUCUUGGUCUUCAUCGCAAGUCCUGGUGCCAGCAUUGUUUGGGCCUGGGGUGGUUGAUGGCGUGAUAGACGCGGGACCUCGUACCAUGAAGGACAGUACUAGCCGCUAGCGGGGACCUCGAUGUUGACUUGACGGACUUCAGGUAACGAGAACCUGCAAAUCUUUAUGUUUGAUACCCUGACUAAACAUUAGUCUGGUCACAUGAAAAAGAAUCUUACAUAAUUUUAAUAUUUAGAAAUAUUAAAUAAAAUCUAAUUAUAAAACUAAUUGUACAAAUGAGUGCUAAUUCGUGAGACAAAUCUAAAGAGGGUAAUUAAUUCAUAAUUAGCGGAUAGUUACUUUAGCAUCACUGUAGCAAAUUAUGAAUCAAGUACUCCAAUUAGAUUCGUCUCGCAAAUUAGCACCUAUCUAUGCAAAAAGUUUUGUAACCAUAUUUUAUUUAAUAAUAUUUCUAAAUGACAAAAUUCUGUUUGAUGUGACAUAGACUAAAAUUUAGUACCACUAGUGUUCUCUUUAUACGGCUGUUUAGCCUGUUUACGUACACUAUGUAAAUGCUAUAACGUGACUAGCCGUGCCCAUUUAAUCACUUAUCUAGCCUAUUUAAUGAUCGUUUAACCAGAUAAAAUAGCUGUUUAGACUCGAAAAAGAACUAAACGAUAGCCAACCAACUGUUUAGCCUUCAAUGUUUAUGAUAGCACUUUGUUGCCGUAUCUUCCCCGCCCGGCUGUCUGUGUGUCAGCUGGACAUGCAUGCAGUCCUUGGUUCCACCGAUGGAGUUCAUAUCCUGUGCCACUGCCACCUUUUUCUAUAUAUACAUAAGAGACUCCUUUUAUCUUCUCCCAGCAGCAGAGCAGCAUAUGCGCACCAUCAGCAGCCAAUCACAGAUACUCCUCUGUUCCAUCUCCAGUCGAUUCCCUUCUCCAUGCCUCUGAUGGCUCUCCUCUACAUACUACUCGGUGGCCUUCUCUUGUCUUCCAUGCACACUCCUUCAUGUUCUGCCGCACCGGCAAAUGGCGAUACUCUCGUGGCAGGUCAGUCGCUUGCUGCCGGUGACAAGCUUGUAUCAAAAAAUGACAAGUUCGCGCUUGGCUUCUUCCAGUUCCAGCCACCACCAACUGCCAUCAUCAGUAAGUCCACUGACACCGCCGCCACCACUACCACCUCCUCCUCUUCCCUUGGCUGGUACCUUGGCAUCUGGUUCAAUAAGAUCCCAGUUUUCACCCCUGUUUGGGUUGCUAAUAGGGAGAAGCCCAUUAGCUACCCUGAGCUCAAGCUGACACAACUCAAAAUCUCAAGAGAUGGCAAUCUUGCCAUCAUCCUCUCAAACAAUGCCACCACUGAGUCAAUAAUCUGGUCUACUACUCACUUUGUCAAUAGGUCAAUAGAAACCAACACUAAAGGUACUAGCGCCAUUCUCAUGAACACCGGAAACCUUGCCCUCGUAGCAGAAAGCCCAUCUAAUGGAGUGCCGUUGUGGCAGAGCUUUGACUAUCCAACAGAUGUCGGGAUUCCUGGCGCCAAAUUAGGCCGGAACAAGGUCACUGGUUUAAAAUGGCAGUUCAUCUCAAAGAAGAGCAUGAUAGAUCCCGGUCUUGGCUCAUACAAACUCGAGAUAAACAACAACGGGGUGAUGCUCCUCGAGCGCCGCAAACCCCCCUUUGUAUUGUAUUGGUCUUGGCCAUCUGGAAAGUUAGCGAAUACACUUAUACCAGUACUGAAUGGGUUGCUAGACUCAGAUCCACGGACCAAAGGUUUGUUGAAACCGGCAUAUUUCAACAAUGAUGAAGAGGAGUACUUCACGUACACCUCAUUGAAUGAAUCAUCAUCCUCAUUUGUCUCAUUAAACACCUCUGGUCAGGUUCAGCUGCAUGUUUGGUCACAAGCCAAACAAUUUUGGGAACUAAUAUAUUCCCAGCCUUCUGAUUUAUGCACUACAUAUGCUGUCUGUGGACCAUUCACGGUCUGCAAGGACAACUCAAGUCCAUCCUGUGAUUGUAUGGAGACCUUCUCUCGGAAGUCACCUAAGGAUUGGGAGCUUGGUGAUUGGACUGGAGGGUGUGUCCGAAAUACUCCCCUAGACUGCACAACUAGUAACAGAAACAUGACACACUCAACAGAUGUGUUCCAUAGCAUACCUUGUGUUACAUUGCCAUACGAUCCCCGAAGCAUAGAAGAUGCUAUCACCCCAAGCGAUUGCGCAAGAGCUUGUCUUAACGACUGCUCCUGCACAGCUUAUUCCUUUAAGAAUAAUAGAUGCUCUAUUUGGCUUGGGGAUUUGCUUAAUCUAAACCAGGAUGAUGGAAGUGCUAUUACUUCUGAAUAUGUUCUUUACAUUCGCCUUGCUACAAGUGAUUUGCAAAGUCUUACAAAAAACAGCAAAAGAAUACCAAGAGUUGUUAUUGCUGCAAGCAUUGCUAGUUUUGGGUUACUUAUGGUCGUGUCGCUAGUGAUUUGGAGUAAGAAAUUCAAGUGGUGUGGUGCACCAUUACAUGGAAUUCAAGGUUGCCGUGGUGGAAUUAUAGCCUUUAGAUACACUGAUUUAGGUCAUGCUACUAAACGUUUCUCUGAAAGGCUUGGAGGUGGUGGUUUCGGUUCUGUAUUCAAGGGAGUCUUAGGUGACAAGACUAUUAUAGCUGUGAAAAGGCUUGAUGGUGCCCGUCAGGGAGAGAAGCAAUUCAGGGCCGAGGUGAGCUCAAUUGGAUUGAUCCAACAUAUCAACCUAGUGAAAUUGAUUGGUUUCUGCUGCGAAGGUGAUAAGAGGCUACUUGUGUAUGAACACAUGCCAAAUGGAUCUCUAGAUGCCCAUCUAUUUCAGAGCAGUGCUACUAUCCUAAAUUGGAGCAUCAGGUAUCAAAUUGCUACAGGAGUUGCUAGAGGAUUGUCCUACUUGCAUGAGAGUUGCCAUGAAUGCAUCAUACACUGUGACGUUAAGCCAGAAAACAUACUUCUAGAUUCAUCGUUUGUUCCUAAGAUCGCAGACUUUGGGAUGGCGGCUAUUGUAGGACGGGAUUUCAGCCGAGUUCUGACUACAUUCAGAGGCACUGCAGGGUAUCUUGCCCCGGAAUGGCUUAGCGGAGUAGCUAUUACACCAAAAGUCGACGUAUAUAGCUUCGGCAUGGUACUGAUGGAAAUCAUAUCAGGAAGGAGGAAUUCACCUGAAGUUUACACCAGCAAUAGUUAUCACGCUGCUUAUUUCCCUGUGCAAGCCAUCAGCAAGCUUCAUGCGGGAGAUGUGCAGAGUUUGGUGGAUCCGCUGUUACGUGGUUGCUUUGAUUUGGAAGAGGCUUAAAGGGUUUGCAAAGUUGCAUGUUGGUGCAUCCAAGAUAAUGAGUUUGAUCGGCCAACAAUUGGUGAAGUGGUCCGUGUUCUUGAGGGUCUACAGGAGCUUGAUAUGCCCCCAGUGCCAAGACUUCUUGCAGCUAUAACUGAGCACUCUAAUGAAGCUUUAGUAUGAGAAUUCACAGGCACUUCGUUGUUGGUGUUAGUAAAACUUUGUUUCAACAAAUUUGAAAGUUAAGGCAAGGUUGUAAAGUUGUGUAUGCUGUAUAGUUUGUGGUCUACCUACUACUGUCUUAUUUAUGCUUCUUACCGAUUGUUGUGGUAAGCAAGCAAAUAUUUGUACUAGCAAAAUAUGGGCAGUGUGUUUUGUUGAGAUGGGAUAGCGGACAUGUACUCUUAAGUUGAAGAUGGAAAUUUGAAAUUUGCUACUAUU